AUUUCAGAGCAAAGUUUUACUCUUUAAGUUCACAUGUUUUUGAAGUCAUGCAGAUAACAUGUUCGAUGAUAUUACUGUUAGUGAUGAUGAUGAUAAGCGUUUCAGGUUUUUCCGACUUUGAAGCUCUUUUGGAGCUUAAGAAAGGUUUUCAAAGUGACCCUUUUGGAAAAGUUCUUGCUUCGUGGGAUGCUAAAGCUUUAUCUACUGAUAGGUGUCCGUUAAACUGGUACGGAGUUACUUGUAGUAGCGGAGUUGUUACUUCCAUUGAUUUGAAUGGUUUAGGUUUGCUUGGGAAUUUCAGUUUCCCAGUCAUUGUUGGUCUCAGGAUGCUUCAGAAUUUGUCGAUUUCGAAUAAUCAGUUUGCUGGAACUCUCUCUAACAUUGGUUCUUUUAAGUCUCUGAAGUAUUUGGAUGUUUCGGGUAACUUGUUCCGUGGCUCGUUACCUUCUGGAAUUUUGAAUUUGAGGAACCUUGAGUUUGUGAAUCUCUCUGGUAAUAAUAAUCUGGGAGGAAUGGUUCCUGCUGGUUUUGGGAGUCUUGAGAAGUUGAAGUACCUUGAUUUGCAAGGCAAUAGUUUCUCUGGGGAAGUGAUGAGUCUGUUUUCCCAGCUAAAUAGUGUGGAGUAUGUGGAUAUAAGCAGGAACAACUUCUCGGGUUCGCUUGAUCUGGGUCUCGCAAAGUCAAGCUUUGUUUCUUCGAUUCGUUAUUUGAACGUAAGUGAGAAUUCUUUGGUAGGGGAGCUAUUUUCUCAUGAUGGUAUCCCCUUUUUCGAUAGCUUAGAGGUGUUUGAUGCUAGCAGUAAUCGAUUGUCUGGUUCUGUUCCAGUCUUCAGUUUUGUUGUCUCUCUUAAGAUUCUUCGGUUGCAAGACAAUCAGUUGUCGGCUUCUCUACCACCGGGCCUUCUGCAAGAGAGUUCGACCAUCUUAACUGAGCUAGAUCUUAGCCUCAAUCAACUUGAAGGUCCUGUCGGAACUAUAACCUCUUCAACACUAGAGAAGCUCAAUUUGUCUUCAAAUAGACUAUCGGGAUCCUUACCUCUGAAGGUAGGGCAUUGUGCCAUUAUUGAUCUGAGUAACAAUAAGAUUUCAGGAGACUUGUCAAGGAUACAGAAUUGGGGGGAUUCUAUAGAAAUUAUUCGGUUGAGUUCAAACUCACUCACUGGAACACUACCUGGCCAAACUUCUCAAUUUUUGAGGCUGACUUCACUUGAGGUUGCUAACAAUUCGUUGCAGGGUGUACUACCAUUUAUUUUAGGAACGUAUCCUGAACUGAAAGAGAUUGAUCUCAGUCACAACCAGCUUAAUGGCGUCAUACCGAGUAAUCUGUUCAUAUCUGCAAAGUUGACGGAACUCAACCUGUCAAAUAAUAAUUUCUCUGGUUCACUUCCUCUUCAAGAUGCAAGUACUGCGGGAAACCUCAGCUUGACCAAUAUUGGUCUGUCGCAUAACUCGUUAGGUGGAGUUCUCUCAGAGGAACUAACUCGCUUCCACAAUCUGAUUUCUCUUGACCUUUCUUAUAACAACUUUGAAGGGAAUAUCCCUGAUGGCCUCCCAGACAGCCUAAAGGUAUUCACUGUCUCUGCCAAUAAUCUCUCUGGAAAUGUGCCUGAGAAUCUUAGACGGUUUCCAGAUUCAGCGUUUCAUCCAGGGAACGCCUUACUAAAUGUCCCCGUUUCUCCAGAAACAUCAAAAGAUAAAACAGAUAUGACCUUACGGAAGCAUGGGUAUCAUAUGAAGUCUUCCGUAAAGGCAGCCCUGAUCAUAGGCUUGGUCGUGGGUGCUGCUCUACUUGCUCUUGUUUGUGCAAUGUUUCAUUUUACGUCGAGAAAGCAACAUGAUGAAGAGAAGUCGGAUGUGACUGGAGAAAAGAGCAUUGUUCAAAAAACUGAACCUUCUUCUUCCAAUGUGAUUGCAGCAAAAAACAGUGUACAGGAAAAUGAAUCUUCGUCUUCUACUACUUCUACUCCCUCAAUCAAAGCCAAGCUACCGGUUUCUUCUUCACGCUUCUCCCAAUAUAGUGACUCUGAGAAUUCUUCACCAUUUUUGAAAGAACCUACAGAGGAGCUUCACUCUGACUCAACCAAAAAAGAUGAAGCCUUGUCAUCCCAAGUAUCUUCGUCAACUCCAUCGCUUCCUAAAAUCCAGAAUUUACCAGAUAAUCCUAGGUCUCGCCAAACUUCUAUGAGAUUGGAUGGGAACCUGUAUAUAUUCGACAGUUCUCUUAAGCUUACAGCAGAGGAACUGUCUCGUGCUCCGGCUGAAGCUAUCGGAAGAAGCUGCCAUGGAACGCUGUACAGAGCAGUGCUCAAUUCUGAUUCUGUAUUAGCGGUCAAAUGGUUGAGGGAAGGGACUGCAAAAGGUAAGAAGGAAUUCGCAAGGGAGAUAAAAAAACUUGGGAGCAUCAAUCACCCAAAUCUUGUUUCUCUUCAGGCUUACUAUUGGGGUCCGAAAGAACACGAGAAGCUCAUCAUAUCAAGAUACAUGGAUGCACCCUGUUUAGCUUUCUAUCUCCAAGAGGCUGGACAGCUAAACCUCCCACCAUUGUUACUGGAAAAUCGUCUUAAAAUUACUCUGGACAUAGCUAGUUGUCUUAGUUAUCUGCACAAUGGGGAAGCAAUUCCACACGGGAAUCUAAAAUCAACUAAUGUUCUCCUGAAACCUCCUGAACUCACUGCACACCUAACAGAUUACAGUCUUCAUCGAUUAAUUACACCAGAAGCCACGUCAGAGCAAGUCUUGAAUGCAGCUGCUCUCGGCUACUGCCCUCCAGAGUUCGCAAGCUCGAGUAAACCGUACCCUUCUCUGAAAAGCGAUGUGUAUGCCUUUGGGGUCAUUUUGUUAGAGCUUUUAACAGGAAAGGUAUCAGGAGAUAUAGUUUGCAGUGAUCCAGGGGUCGUUGAACUCACUGAAUGGGUUCUACUGCUUGUGGGACAAAACCGUGCAACUGAGUGUUUUGAUCCAUCCAUUAUUGGGUCACAGGGCUCAAGGAAUGCUUCUGGAGUUCUUACUGAUGUCUUGCAGGUUGCCCUGAGCUGUAUCUCACCAGCACCAGAGAGACCGGAUAUGAAGUUGGUCUCUCAAGAGCUCUCCAGAAUUGUUCUCAAGAGGACAGCAAACUAGAAGAGCUUUCGUUGUGAAUGUCGCUGUAAAAAUGCCUUGUUGGAUUCAUUUUGUUCCAUUAAUUCCGUUUUUGUUAUAGCAUAAAAUGAAACUGUAAAU